UGCAAGUCAACGGGCUCUAAAGUCCUGAAGUGUAGUGCUAGGAACAAGCUAGGAGUUCCAAGGAGGCUGAAUUUUGAUGCUCAUCACAGGUACCUCAGGUGUGCGGUAGAGAUCGAAGACACAGAGAGUUUGUAUGAUUAUUCUUUGAGGUACAAGAUGCACGAGUACUGUGAGCUCCCUGGAUGUAGAGAUGUCCUGAGCUGCGAAGAGGUUGCUGAGAUAAUGAUACCGACCACUCUGAAGUUAUCUAUGCUUCGUAGCAGAGUGAUCUUGAUGCGUUCAUUUAACAAAGUUGUCAAGCUCCAUCAUGAACACUUUGCUCUUGCUGGAAACUUUUCCUCGAAGAACUUCCAAAUCUAUCAAGAUGACUCCAUCAAGUUUGAUGGUCUAGCCGAGGGCGCGAUAGUGGAGUACCGUGAGGCUGUUGGGGACCUUGACUACCGCCAAUUUGUUCAUAUGGUUACCGAGGAGGUAUUUCAUGGUCAGAAGCUACCAUUUGAUCUGACCGAGUGGCUAAGGAUCAUAUCCCAGGGAGUGAACGCGUGUGAUGGCAGCCUACUCUGUAGUCAUAUUGACCUGAUGGAGCCUUAUCAAGGAUAUGGAAACUUUGUCUCAUUGUUUCAGCUGUUCUGGAAAGUCAAAGAUACCGCUGGUGGAGAAGAUCUUCUGAACUCCUUGGGACAUUACAAAGGAUGGAAAUCUGAAGGCCUGCGUUGUUCGUUUCUUCGUGAUACACUGAACUACGAGGACGAUGAUGGCCAUAGAUUUGAAUAUGAAGAUGACAUAAGAGGCCUUCUGAGGUUGUUGAUGAACUCCUUCCGUCACUUAGCAAAAAGCCACUGCAGGCUCGCUAUCUACCUGAUUAUGAAUGAGUUCCGCAGGUUGCUAUCUGAUCUUCAAAGGGCAUUGCACUAGGGUGGCUACCUCAGUCACCUCUCUGUGAAUUACAGCGUCUGAAAGCAUCCUACAUUGUACUUUUGCACACAGUAAGAUUCCGUCAUCUGAUAGAAGGCCCUCGCAAACUCUGUACGUCCACUUGUGUAUGACCGCACAUGAUUCAAGCCAUGCUGUAAAUCUCAAUAGCAGCCUUAGCUCUUCUGCGCCGAGAAUGUGUGCUGCAGCAGCAGGUCCUCAUCCUUCCAUUUCAUCAUGGACAGGUACAAUGCAAUGAAAGCUGAAGGCUGGAGACCUGGUGCUCUGUUUGAACACAGCUUGUAACUAGAAAACGGAUAGCGAUUUGAUAUUCUUCUUUUCUUUUUGGGCUGUAUAGUAGAAAUCUUGCCCUUCUUUGAGAUGUCCUUGUG